UCAAAACCACCACCAUCAGCUUGUUUGGAAAACCUUAAGGGCUGCCUCGUACGGGUCAGUCUGUUGCCUGGACUGGGAUCUCAAUAUUCUAGACCCUUCUUAGAUCUCUAAGUCAUCCCAAGACUCCUCACAGAGCCAACUCUAGGGCACAACGAAUGGAGAAUGUACUGCCGUCGUCAAGACAAGGCUCUCUCCCAUCUGAGCUCCAGCAACUCCGGAGAGCGGCUCUAUCGGGUCGCUUCCUCCGUACACAGACGCUAAGAGAAAAUUGCACGGCAGGGAGGCAGCAAUGGCCUGCCUCACCCUAAUGGAAGUGAGCGGAGCGACGGGAGCCCGAGACUUGCUCGGGCCCGCUCGUCCCUCUCCUGCACCUGCUGCCGGGCUGGCCGCAUGGGUUUUAGAAAAAGAACAGCGGCUGAAAGAACCGCGGGCCUUCCCGACAGCUUCCGGCUCCGAGUCCCCACUGCCGCGGGUCGGAAGACGGGAGACGCAGUCCCCUCCGGCCCUGGCUGCCCCAAGCCGAGGCGAUCCGGAGCAGGACCGGCCGCGCCGAGGGUGGCCGCCGGGCGCGCGCAGGACCAGGGGUCCGAAGUCCCGCUCCACGGAGGGACGCGGGCCCCGGAGGGUGGGGGGGUCAGGGACCCGCGGUCGGCGCGACAACCACGUGCCCCUCGCAGCUCCGGGCGCAGGGUCAGCCCCGGGCCUCCGGCCCGCCGCGCGGGGACACGUGGCCGUCCCCCCUCCCGCCUCCCAACCGCCCGGACGCGCCCCCUCUCACCUCAGAGCGCUGGGGCGCCGCGGGCCAGCCCCAUGGAGACGCCGCCGCCGAGCGCGCAGGACCGCCGGCCGCCCCGCCGCCCCCGUCAGCCGGCCGCCCGCCGCCUCGCUGCCUCCCGCGGAGGACCGCCGGCCCGAGGUGGCGCCGGAGCUCUGGCAGAGGGGCGGCGGCGGCGGAGGCUGAAGGGACUGACAAAGCCGACGCGCCGCCGCUCCGCUACUUAUAGCACCGCGCGUGUCGUCAUGGAGACGCACCAGCUCAAACCAGCCGCGAUCGGUUCCGUCCGGGCGUCCUCCGAGGAAGGGGGCGGAGCGCGCCCGCGGCGGCCAACCCGCGGCCCGACGGAGGAUGGGGAGCGCGGGCCCUCAACGUCAGCGGCUCCGAGCGCCAGCGGGCCCGCCCCCGGCCUCGCGCCCCUCCCGGCCCUGCGGCAGAUUUGCGCACGCGCACGACGCCGCAGGACGCCUCCGGCGGCCUCUCACCCCUCCCGGCCCUGCGGCGGGCACGCGCACGACGCCGCGGGGCAUCCCUGGCGGCCUCGCGCCCUUCCCGGCCCUGCGGCGGGCCCGCGCACGCGCACGACGCCUCAGGUCCUGGGCCCGCCGGCGACCGCUGCGCUCCGGGACACCAGCUUUGGGGCACGAGCGGGCGCCUGCUGGCGAACCAGGCCGAAUUUCAGCAUCCGCGCUGGGCAGAACUGUUCUUCCUCUUGGCUUUGAGUGCCUCGUGUCCUAGUGCAGAGAAAGGAGAUCGCGGGCGCAAGCGGGCCACGUGGACCCCGGGUGGACUCUGGCCCCUCCUGCCAGGCGCCUCCUGUCCUAGGAGAGGGGAACUGUGACGAUUCUGGCUUCACGCCAAGAAUGGGGCGCAGACGCAGACGGGGGCCAGGUGCGUGCUGAGGGUCACCUGGCAAGUCGGGGGCCCCGCUUCGGGCCGCUCAACGUAUCCAGGUGUGUUCCGUCUGGAUGGCCGGCAGCGACCGCCACGCGAAGACACGCGGGCGGUGUUAAGCCAGAGGCUUGUCUAGGGGCCUUAGGGGAAGGAGGUAGAGAGACCACAGGCCACCAAGUCCCUCCACUGCCCUUUACCAUUGUGGACGGCAUUCGGGGUGACUAGAUGUCUCUAAGGGCAGGUGCGAGUGCCUCGUUUGGGCAGAGCCUGUAAGUCCCCGCACAGCGACAGGCUGCACAAUGAAGCCGGAGGCGAAGCCCUAGGCAUUGGGUUAUUCCUGAGUAUGCAGUCCGUGGGGGAGGACGGUGCCUCUCUGGGAUGUGGGCCACACCCCGCUGCUGACCCCAGGGAGGGGAGAAGGACUGUGGGGCACUUCUUUUUUUCUUUCAUCUUAUCAUUCUUUCCCUUGAAGACAAAGUGCAACAGUCACAUCCCAUCCUCGAGUGUGGGGUGUGCCCCACCGCAGGGUCCCCGUGAGGAUUUAAAGGGCAUGGGACGCUAGUCCAGGCAGGUUGCCAGUUUGGUGCAGAGGGACCUUGGAGGAGCUCAGUGCUGUACCCCAUCCCUGGUGCAGGAGUGCUGCGUGAACUUGGGGCUAUUACUUCCCUUCUCUGGGCCUCCAAGGAAGUUUGACCAGAGGAUACAAGGAUGUUUACAGCUGCAAAAUCCCUGUGAGGUUUUGAAAAACUUCCCCUGCACUGUCCCCAGGCCUGAGGCACACCUUGCUCAACUUUAUUUUUACAUAGUCCUUGAGCAGCCCAUGGGUGGGUACCCAGCACCGCUCAACUAGGGAAGGGAGGCAGGGAGUUAUCUCCACCCUGACAAGCUUAAUUCCUACCCUAGGAUGAGAUUAACAGCCCGUCAGAGAACCGGACAGCCCAGACGCAAAAUGAGACAGCUUUAGACUCACGGGAAGCACACUGGUAUUUGUACCCCCUCUGUGAAGAAACAUUUUGUCCCAAUGACAGACUUUUCCUCACAUUCCAGAAGUCUCGCGGGUCCAGUGCCAUGGCCAAGUGGGGAAGAGUGUCCACACCCUCGGCUCUCUUUGGCAGGUCAAUCAGCCAGUCAUUGCCAGGAGAACAUUGUCCCCACUCUGCAGCCUCCUCCAGGCAGCGGGGACCAGAUGUCUCAGCCUGUGGGGUCCGGGUAGUGGCCUGGCGUGGAGGGAAGCACGGUCAUCCCCUGUCCUGCCAGUAGCUUGCUGCCCUCAUAGUGUGACCUGGCCACCUCCCUGACCCUCUGAGCCUCCGUGUCUCCAGCCAUUAAGGGAACGUUUUGGGUCAGAUCAAGGGUCCUGUUCCCACUCAGCUGUGUGAUUGUAUUUUAGACUUAGAGGUAGUAACUGACAUGAGAGGCAAGUUCUCGACUGAGGAAGCCAGGUGGUCUGCCCCUCUCCUGUACAUACGUGCCGCUCACUCCCAGGUCACCUGUAUACACUGCUGCUCCGGCUGGCCCAUGCCAGACGUGGAAACCCCUGCCCGCACGCCGUACUUUCCUCUGGGGAGGCCCCGUCUUGUCCAGAUGAUCCAUCUGACCCAGAUUAGGAAACAGAAACAAAGGAAAGAGGCCGUGCUGCUUCCGCGAGCACUGGCCCGGCUGGCUGCAGGCAAACUCUUGGAGCGGCCCUUGGCCUAGGGUCUGGGAGUUAGCAGGGUGUGAGUCAUGAAACCCAGCUACUAACCUGGAUUUGGGAAGGCAAAUCGGUGAUGACUAAACUCGGCCUUAUUCAAAUGCGUGGCAUUAAUGUCUUUCUGCAUAUUUUCGGUAGACUCUGUCGUCUCCCAGACUAUCUCUUCCCUUGGAGAAAAGCAACAGAUCCUUGUCAACUACGCGUUGGCCAAUGCCUAAAAGUUACACUAACGUGAAGGUGAGGUUUUUGUGUUUGGAGCAGAAGCCGUAAUGGCAGGAAAGAAAAAAAAAAAAAACAUAAAUCAUGUUGGAUGUGCCAGUAGGAUCUGUAUCCUUAGUCAUCCCACCUAAGCUAUAGGACCAACUCCAUGUUUUUUUAGCUACCCCUACCACCGAGCUCCUUCUGGAGCCCGGGGCUUCCCUUUCCCUGGCUGGGUCUCCAGCUGCUUGUAAAAUACUCUGUGGCUAGAUCGGCGUACAAAAACAGGGAAGCUCUUGCGCUCUGAUAUUCUAAGAAUCUUUCAUAAUGAGGCUUAUGUAUAAAUCUACUAUAUAUGUUUUUGAACUAAAAAAUGAGGCUAUGUCUGAAGAAGGGGGUGUUUUUACUUCAUGAACUUAUUAACACGAAAGGGCUUAUGAAGGUGUAUAUAGCAAAUUCAAAUUUAAGGAGUCACCUUUACUGGAAAUAAUUAAAUAACAUAAAAGACAACACUCAGUGAACAUUUAUGUAUCCACGCGGUCGCUAUUGGAAUAUUAGACUUUGAGAGCCUCCUGGAAAAUAGGUUUGUGUUCUGUCCACAUGUCCAAGGCCAUCUGCUACUGCACCAGGUAUCUUCCCAGAAACGCAAGAGUCGGCUCUGGAGUGAGGCGCGUGACCUCCAGUUACAUGAAGACUUCCCAGGACACCUUGGAAGCAGUCAAGGGAUGCUCUAGUCACCUGUGGAUGUUUGACUCUGUGUUCGGACGCUCUGUCACUCACCACUCACUAGCCUUGCCCUCGAAUCACUUGAAGUGUUUCCAAAAAUCCCGUCCGCCCUCCAAGGUGGAAAGUGUGCCAUCUUUGCCAAUAUGCAAAUGAUGUGCCCCAGGCACAGAGAGUUUCCGGGAGGCCCUCCUUGCUCUGAGCAACACAGGUGUCAUCACAGAAGGGGGAGCACCUCCAUAGGUGUCUGUCAGAAGCCAAAGAACAGCUCUGUCCUGCCUUCCGAACCGCCUGAGGACAGAGGCGCAGGACGUCUGAACGGACUGUGGUUCACAUGCCACCUUCCUCACCCUGACAGCAGGACAAAGGUUUUCAGAUCUGACCACUUUACUCCUUUAUCUAUAACUCUUCCCUGGUGGCCUUGGGCCCAGAGGGUAAAGUCUGGACGCUUUAGCCCGGCACCCAGGACCCUCAGGUCUGUCCUGCUCCCUUUCCCAGUCUCCUCUCCUGCAGUGGGCUGUGUGCCAGCCCCCCUAAACCACUUCGUUUGGCGGAGCCUGCCUGCCAUCCCGGCGCGCCUCACACAGGAUGGGCACCUUGGGUCUUGGCCCCUGUCUCUUCCCACUCCCACUGAAGUCAGGACCACAGCUUGCUUACCUUCACACAUCCAGUUGCUAGCCCAGUACCUGGCACACGACAGCCGCUCAACAUUGUUAGAUUGGAGAGAGGGCCCCCCACCCCACCCCGGGGAAAUCUAUGAUUUGUGUUUACGCGGCUGAUUAGCUCAUGGGAACUUCUCCCUAUGUGCUGUCCAAAAUCAGAGGGCAAAAAGACACUGAAUAUUCUUCCUGAACA